AUGACUGUCGGUGAAAUGAUUGUUGGUGAAACAUCUGUCGGCGAGAUAAUUGUUGGCGAGAUAAUUGUCGGUGAAAUGAUUGUUGGUGAAAUGAUUGUCAGUGAAAUGAUUUUAAAAAGUUGUCCGUUUGCUCAACCUUUUAUAGGAGGAAAUACUAAUUAUAUAUUGAAUGAUGAAAAUAUAAAUCUUGAUGGAAUAAAUAAUUGUUAUUUAGAAAUCGCUUUAUCAGCAAGUAUGUCGGGUAAUGAUUCUGAUAAAAGUUUCAAUUAUUCAUGA